AUAAAAGUCCAUGGCGCACAAUGUUGUCGCGGAAGAGAACGCCGAACGCAAGUGCGAGUGGCGAGUGACAGUGGAUGGAGUCGUGCUGACACAAAACUUUUUUGGCGCCGCGGUAAAUGCCACCGGUGGCGCGUUGUGGGACUCGUCCUUGGUUCUGUGGGAGAGCCUCCAGUGUCGACGUUGGCACGGACAGCACGUUCUCGAGCUGGGCUCUGGUGUGGGGUUUUUAGCUGUGAAGCUGGCUAUUCAAGGUGCACAGGUGGUGGCCACGGACGGCGACGCCGAUGCCAUGCAUCUCCUCCGAGACAACUUGAAGCGAAAUCAAGUGGCCAGUCAAGUGCGCACUGCCUUUCUGCCGUGGGGUGAUGAUGCAGCAUUGCAGGCAGCGUUUCCAUCAACGAACGGGCCACCAAAGUUUGAUCACGUCGUCGGAGCCGACCUCAUCUACAACCCUGACUUCCACUCUCCACUUGUAUCGACGCUGCGAGCGGUGUGCUCGGAUACGACGGUGGUGCAUUUAAGUUAUCGCAUCAGGCACGAAGAAAAGUGCGUGGCAACCAGCACCUGAAUUCUUUGGACCAUGAGCUUUGACAUGGGUUUCCACAGGGAAGCUGACUUUCUCGAAGGGUUACAGCAACACUUUGACAUCGUGUCGCUGCUAGAAGUGAACGGGACGUCGAUCGCGUUGGUAGAACUCAAAGGAAAACCACGGUGCAGCUAACGUAUCGUCGUAUUCCGCCCACCGUCGGAUGGACAAUUUUUUUACGAGCAAGUGUGCCCUCUGAUACAUCUGCACAGCUCCGCUCCAUCGUGCAAACUGCUCUUCUUCACAGCCAUCGUAAGACGUAAUGGCUCCAUUCCAAACAUUUUUUGGCCUCGCGCGAUGGCUCUAGCUCGUCGCGGGGUGCUCGAAGGGACCGG